GUAUCUCCACGACCCUCGACACUGACAGGAUCGAAUUUGACUGUCUGAGACUGAUUGUUACUGACAUUAUUUGCUGCUGUCUCUAUGGUUAUUUCUGUUAACCUGUAGUGGAUUAGUCAAAAUGUAUUUUCUUCAUCAAGGAAUGUCCAGGAGUUCAUUGAGAAAAACGAUUUCGAGAAUGAAUUAUAUUUGUCGGAGGACGAACCGCUCUUCGGCAUUAGCGACCAGGCCAGCGCUAAGGCAAAGCGAAUUCACCUUGGCCCCGACGGACUCGGCGGAAUGUGAUACUAAAUUCCGGCAACGACCUCGGCUGCUGCAAAGUUUACUUGAUGAUGCAACACCAACCAUGCCAACAUUUUCACAGACACAAUUCUCGCAAUGUUUUCAGAAUGCUUGCUCAGUGAAGAAAUACCAUAACCUUUUGAAGGAAAUCUGUGCUUUUGACUGUGUUUUGAAGAGGUCUGGAUAUAAUGACAGGAAAUCAUUAUCUAGACUACUUGUAUCCAUGGAUAACAUGAGGAGUUUUAGCACAACAAGUGCAAUGCAACAACAGAGAGAGAGUCAGGACCAGAAGGAUGAUGAUGAUCCAAGUAGGAAGGCUGGUGAUGGUGAGAAUAUCCGUAUGUUGAUCGUUUUGAUGCUGAUCUUAACUCUUCUAAAUCUUCUUUCAAGAGGUGAUGAGGCUCAGAAUAUCUCAUGGCAAACAUUUGUUAAUGAGAUGCUUGCCAAAGGAGAGGUAAAAAGUCUAUCAGUGACAUAUUAUGAUUCUGAUGGGAGUGGAGAGAGUAAGAAUCCUGAAUCUGAUGUGGUCCAUGUUUUCCUUCAUGACGGUGCUAUUGUCUUUGGUAGAGAGGUUGGAAGAGGACAGCCCAACCAUUUUAGGAUGCGUGUAGGCAACAUUAAGAAAUUUGAGCAAAAACUUAGAGAGGUGGAAGAACAGCUUGGGAUUGCACACAAUGAUAGAAUUCAGAUCCGCUACCAGCAUUCUAGCUCCGAUGGAAUGAUGAGUAUCCUUGGGACUGUUCUUGUUCUAGGUUUUCUUCUUUAUGUUAUCCGUUCAGCAUUGAGAGGAGGGGGAAUGAAUGCUUUUACUCAGAUGACCAAGGCUCGAUUCACAGUUGUAGAGGAAGGUGCUUCUAAAGGAGUCUCCUUCAAGGAUGUAGCUGGCCUCAGAGAAGCCAAACAAGAAGUCAUGGAGUUUGUUGACUAUCUGAAAAGACCAGAAAAGUUCCAAGAACUCGGUGCAAAGGUACCCAAGGGUGCCCUUCUCUUGGGGCCUCCUGGUUGUGGGAAGACUCUUCUUGCAAAGGCAGUAGCUACUGAAGCCAAUGUACCCUUCCUAGCCAUGGCUGGAUCAGAGUUUGUAGAGAUGAUUGGAGGCUUAGGGGCUGCUAGGGUUAGGAGCCUCUUCAAGGAGGCACGUAAUAGAGCCCCUUGCAUCGUCUAUAUCGAUGAGUUAGAUGCUAUCGGCAGGAAACGAUCAGAAUCAGCUAAUAUCAAUUCAUCUGGUGAGGAGGAACAGACGUUGAAUCAGCUUUUAGUUGAGAUGGAUGGAAUGGGAACUCAGAAAGAUGUUAUUAUGCUUGCUUCUACUAACCGGGCUGAUAUAUUAGAUAAGGCUCUACUGCGUCCUGGUCGGUUUGAUCGUCAUAUCUUGAUUGACACACCCACCAUGCUAGAGAGAAAAGAGAUCUUUGAAGUUCAUCUCAAGAAAUUAGUCCUAGAGAAGAAACCAGAACAAUAUUCUACUAGGUUGGCUCAGCUUACUCCAGGAAUGAGUGGAGCUGACAUAGCCAACAUCUGCAAUGAAGCUGCCCUUCAUGCUGCCAGAGAGAACCACAAGGCUGUUCACACUGAUAACUUUGAAUACGCUGUUGAACGUAUUGUAGCAGGUGCAGCAAAGUCUGAAAAUGUCAUGUCAAAGGAAGAACGUAAAGUAGUGGCUUUUCAUGAGUCUGGACAUGCCCUCGUAGGAUGGUUGUUGGAACAUACCGAUGCUUUGAUGAAGGUGUCCAUUGUACCAAGAGCAAGUGCAGCCUUAGGGUUUGCUCAGUAUCUCCCCUCAGAUCAAAAACUUUACUCAAAAGAACAGUUGUUUGACAGGAUGUGUAUGGCUUUGGGAGGUCGAGUAGCGGAAGCUAUAAUCUUCAACAAAGUUACUACAGGAGCUCAGGAUGAUCUGAACAGAGUCACCAAGAUGGCCUACUCUCAGAUCAGAUCUCUUGGAAUGAAUGAUGAAGUUGGUCACCUAUCCUUUCCUGAGGGGAGUUCCAGUGAGCUGGGCAAGAGACCUUACAGUCAUCAGCUACAGAAUAUUAUAGAUGAGGAAGCAAGGAAGUUGGUUGCUACAGCAUACAGAGCUACAGAAACUCUACUUACCCAGCAUGUAGAUACACUGAAAUUGUUGGCCAGUAAUCUCUUUGAAAAAGAAGUUUUGAACUACAAGGAUGUGGAAGCUCUAAUUGGACCGCCACCAUUUGGACAUAAGAAGCAGAUUUCUAUAGAUGACUUUGACAUUAUGAACUAUGGAGAUGAUGAAAUGGAUGCAGAAAACUUAGAGAGAAAGAAACAACAAGAACGGAGACUUAAUGAACAACAAGAGGAGGAAAGGUGAUUGAUGUGACUGAAGGAACUGAUAUUUGUUCAAGAUGCUCAGAGGACAUUAUGUUGUUCUGUCAUUUACCAAGAUAUGAAGAAUUGUUUUAUACUGUGAAACCAGUUUAAUUUGUCAUUGUCCAACAAAAGUUUGGAUUACCCUGCUUGAGCAAGGCUUAUAAUAUGCUGAAAAUAUUUGCUACAUUACAGUAAGUGUGCAGUACAGUGCCAUGUGAGU